CAUUUCACUUAGUUAUUUUGUCGAACGGGGAAAGGGCUUUUCUGUCAACAGGUUCUAAUAAAUUGCCUCACGACGCUCUAUCCUAUCUUCUUCAGCAACCCCCUUCUCUGUGCGACUCAAAAAUGGCAACGUCUCUCUCUACUCUCACCCUUCGUUCUCCCUCUUGUCCUGCGCCCCUGCCCUCCACUUAUCCCACGCAGUCCUUCAAGCAAACCCUAGAAUUCCCCUUCCGAAACCACCCCCAACUGUCCCACAGAGCCUCCCUCGUCCGCCCCAUCUCCGCCGUCGCCGCUCCCGAGAAGAUUGAAAAGCUCGGCAACGAGCUCGCUACCCUAACACUCGAGGAGGCCCGCGUCCUCGUCGACUGGCUCCAGGAAAAGCUCGGCGUCUCCGCCGCCUCCUUCGCUCCUGCCGUCGCAGCCCCCGCCGCCCCCGGCGCAGCCGAGGCCGGACCCGCCGCCGUGGAGGAGCAGACUGAGUUCGAUGUCGUGAUUGAUGAAGUGCCAAGCAAUGCGAGGAUCGCUACGAUUAAGGCCGUGAGGGCCUUAACGAGCUUGGCGUUGAAAGAGGCCAAGGACUUGAUCGAAGGUCUUCCGAAGAAGUUCAGAGAGGGUGCGACGAAGGAGGAGGCCGAAGAUGCUAAGAAGCAGCUCGAAGAAGCUGGAGCCAAGGUCUCCAUUGUGUAGAUUUGUUGAAAAAACUUCGUAAUUUUUCCCAAUUUAAGCGUAUCUUUUUCCUUGCGGAAUUUAUGUUGUUAGUCGGUAGAUCACAUCAAUUUUCACAUUGCGUACAGUGAAAUGUGAAUGCUUUCAUGCUGGAGUUGUAAUGAAUUGAAUUCCGACUUUCCGUACAUGUCUUCGCUGCUUUCUACUAGUACUAUUAUAAUUGUCUUAUUGUUCUUGUUA